GCUGUGUAAACAGGAAAGAAAGACCGAAUCGACUGUAGCGACUAGUGAUUCUUGUUAAAAAAAAACAAACAAUUAUUCCAAAUUUUAAUCGAUUUUGUGUUCGUUCGUUAGUAAAAGAACCAUGGUCAACGAAGAUGCGAAUUGUUUGAAAAGUACGCGAGAAAAGAACACCGGUGCUUAUGCUGAAUUUAUAUCCAAUUUCAACUUUGAAAACCCCAUUGAAUGGGUAACGAUUACUGGCUACGAUGGUGUGGUGUACCGAGUCAGUAAAAAACGCGAAGAUGGUCGUACAAUGAUAGUUACUCUAGGACCAGACGGUGAACCACUGUUACACGUUGUAACAAUUACGAAGCAGGAGAAAGAAAAGUCAGAAACCAUGUUGACACCUGACAAUGAAGAUCAUAAAGUCGUAGGUGGAAUGGGUGUCUAUGAGAUUGUGACUCCGCAGGUGAUUCAAGGUGACGAAGGUGAAAAUGAUAAUCAAAUUGAAGCACAGGUGAUUCUAGCUGACGAACCAUCUUCAGAAGGAAUAAGAAGAGUACUUUUUAAGAGGUCUAACGGAGAAUUUAUGUUAUCUGAAGUUGACGAAGAACAGUAUGCUGCAUUGGAACUUGAUAAACAAACCAGUUAGUUAUAAUUAGAGAAUUCAUUAAAAUGACACAGGACAGUUUGUGUAUUAUAUGUAAAUAAUAAUUUCUAAAAUGGCCGAUCUGUAAAAAAUAAAUCUCAAGUUUUUCAAAAUUGAUAUUUAACUAUCAGACAUAUUGCAUUGAAAUUAUC